AUGAGCGUGGAUGGGACCACUGCCUUGAAGAAUUUAAAUAACAUUUACAACAGCAUCCACAACUUCAUCGCUUUAGCUGAAAAGGGAAACAGUUCGGAUAUCGCAUUAAAGCUACGUCACUUGGAAGCAUCACUGGAACAGUUGAAAGAAGCCAUUGAUUCUACUUCUGAUAUUAUUGGGAACGAAAAUUACCAACGUGCUAGGAUAGCUGAUUUGAAUCGACGAAUUACAUUGAAAGACGGUUUAAUCAAUUCAUUUCGAAAUGGACAGUGCUCAUUCGGCACAUAA